UGAUGUUUUAAUUUAGUUGGAGCUACAAUUAGCUCGCGAUCGAAACUCUCCGACAGACAGUAGGAUUAAUUAGAUACAAUGGCUACAAAAAAGUUCUUUGGUGAAUCUCCUUAUAAGGUAGCUAAGAAAACCCACCCCGAAUCCGACUGGCUAUUCACAGACUUCAUCAACAAAGUUAACUUAGUAUCUGACAAACCAAAAAACAAGGCACCAGUUGUUGCAGCUAUCUUUGGUCUCGGUCGUGCUGGUUCCAUUCAUCUGUCAAACAUCAUUCGUAACCCACGUGUCGUCUUGAAAUACAUUGUGGAUGACUGCAAAGACAAAUUUGCUGACCUGAAAAAAUACUGGAAUCUUAGUGAUGAUGUUGCCUUCCUAACCUCUAAGGAAGCCGACAAAGUGUACAAAGACAAAUCAGUUACCGCAGUUUUCAUUGGCUCUCCAACAUACACACACCACGAUAUUGUUGUAAACUCCAUCGCCAACAACAAAGAUGUAUUUUGUGAGAAGCCCAUUGCGGAAAGCAUCGAAGAAACCAAGAAAUGCUACGAUGCCGCUAAAGCUAAGGGUCGCGUCUUGUAUGCGGCUUUCAACAGAAGAUUCGAUCCCGCCUAUAGGAAUUUGAAGAACAAGGUCAGGGAAGGAGAAGUUGGACACGUUCAAGUAUUGAGGGUUACAGCGAGAGACUCACCCCUACCUUCCAUCGAAUACUUGAAGAACUCAGGUGGCGUGUUCCAUGAUUGCCUUGUGCAUGACUUUGACAUGGCCUGCUGGGUGUUGGGAGAAUUACCAAACAAAGUGCAAGCAACAGCCUCAGCCCUUAUCCCAGAAAUUAAAGCUAUUAAUGACUUCGACAACGUUGCUUUCCUCCUAAGUUUCCCAUCUGGAGCUAUCGCUAUUGGAGACAACAGCCGGUACUCUGCUUACGGAUACGAUCAAAGGCUUGAAGUUUUUGGAAACAAAGGUAUGAUUAAGGUAGACAACGAGAAACCCGCCCACUCAACAGACUUCGUUAUUGGACAAGAGGGAUAUAAAACAAACCCCAUCUACUAUUCAUUCCCAUCUCGUUUCAAGGUUUCAUAUGAACGUGAGGUUGAACACUUCUUAGAUGUCAUACAAUAUGGAGUCGAACAAGAUGUAACUAGCUGGCAGACUCUCGCCGUCAGCAAGAUCGCUACCGCCGCUGAAGAGAGUGCACGCACCAACAAGGCCGUUGAGAUUGACUGGAGCAAGGAUGCCAUUCCCACUGUAUACUCUUAAAUUGAAAAUUGGCCCCGAUCGAUGAUAUUUUUAAAUUAAAUUCGCAAAUAAAUAUAUAUAUAUUUUUUUAAUUUU